CCUUCCCCUCCUCUCCCUUCUCCUCCUCUCCCUUCCCCUCCCCUCUUUUCCCCUCCCUUCCCCGCGCCGCCACCGUCCGUCGCGGGAUGUGCAGCCGCGCUCCGCUCCCCCUCCGCCCCGCUAGGUCCGUGCGCCCGGCGGCGUCUGGAGCGCUCCUCCCCGAAGCCGACAGGAGCUGCAAGUUGCCAUGUUCAUCUGGCUGAUGUUUGGAUUGCUACUGCAAGAAAUCCUGGCUAAUUCCCAAGAUGAGAAUCUCCCUGAGCUCCAAAGCGUUCCGGGAGAGCCGAUGUACAGCUACAGGACUAUCAACUUGCCCGACGAGCAUAUUCCAUACUUCCUGCACAACAACCGGCACGUUGCUGGCAUCUGCAAGCAGGACUCUCGUUGUCCGUAUAAAAAAUACUUGAAGAAACUGAAAUCCUGCUGGGGCUAUGAGAAAUCUUGCAAAUCGGAUUACAGGUUCAGUUACCCGGUGUGUGAUUACGUGGAAUCCGGAUGGGCGAACGACAUCGAGACGGCCCAGCAGAUAUUCUGGAAGCAAGCUGACUUUGGUUACAUUCGAGAGAGGCUGAAUGAAAUGAAAACCCACUGUAAGCCUGCAGUAACAGGAGAUUCAUCUCUGACCUGUUCUCAGUUCCUCCAGCACUGCAGAGCAACAAACUUGUACAUUGAUUUAAGAGCUGCAAAGAGAAACCACGAGAGAUUCAAAGAAGACUUUUUCCAGAAGGGAGAAAUUGGAGGUCAUUGCACCCUUGACGUGAAAGCAUUUUUAGCUGAAGGUCAGCGCAAGAGCCCUCUGCAGUCUUGGUUUGCAGAACUCCAGACCUUUACUUCAUUAGAUUUCAGGCCCCUGGAUGAUGGCAAGUGUGAUAUUGUUAUUGAGAAGCCAACGUACUUCAUGAAAUUAGAUGCAGGUGUUAAUAUGUACCAUCACUUCUGUGACUUCGUCAAUCUUUAUAUUACACAGCAUAUUAAUAAUUCCUUCAGUACUGAUGUCAACAUAGUCAUGUGGGACACUAGCUCCUAUGGCUAUGGAGACCUGUUCAGCGAGACGUGGAAGGCAUUUACUGACUAUGAAAUAAUACACUUGAAAACUUUUGACUCUAAAAGGGUGUGCUUUAAAGAAGCAGUCUUCUCCUUACUGCCUCGGAUGCGGUAUGGCUUGUUUUAUAACACACCAUUGAUAUCUGGCUGCCACGGUACAGGGCUGUUUAGAGCAUUUUCUCAGCAUGUGCUACACAGGUUAAAUAUCACGCAAGAAGGACCCAAGGAUGGGAAAAUUCGAGUCACGAUACUUGCACGCAGUACGGAUUACCGGAAAAUAUUAAACCAGAAUGAGCUUGUGAAUGCUUUGAAAACAGUAUCAACGUUGGAGGUCAAAGUGGUAGACUACAAAUACAAGGAACUUGAAUUUUCAGAGCAGUUGAGAAUUACCCAUAACUCUGAUAUAUUCAUUGGGAUGCAUGGAGCUGGACUUACCCAUCUGCUCUUUCUGCCAGACUGGGCUGUUGUUUUUGAACUGUACAAUUGUGAGGAUGAACGUUGUUACCUGGAUUUGGCAAGGCUGAGAGGCAUUCACUACAUCACCUGGAGAAAAAGAAAUAAAGUAUUCCCUCAAGAUCAGGGACACCACCCAACGCUGGGAGAGCAUCCAAAAUUUACAAACUACUCUUUUGAUGUGGAAGAAUUUAUGUACUUGGUGCUUUUGGCUGCAAAUCAUGUUUCACAGCAUUCCAAGUGGCCAUUUAGGGUAAAGCAUGAUGAACUCUAAAUCAGACUUCUGACUGAAAAAUUAUUUUUAAAUAAUGCUCCACAAAAUACUGUAAGAACGUGAAGCAAAAUGCUGGUGUGAAAUAAGGAAACCUCUACGAGGGAAACAACUCAUAAUUAGUUUGUCAGAACACUUCAGGGCACCACACCUAAUCUCUAUCAUCCAUCUCUUUAAAUCUGGGUGCUUUCUUUCAAUAAAAUAUAUUUAUAGAACUCUUUCCCCCCUCCCCCCCUAUAUUUCUGCAUUCCCGAUUCUGAAGUACUUGUCUUUGUAAAAAGCUAUGUCCAUCCAUUUCAUUCAUGUUACAGAUUCCUUAAGUUUUUUGCAUUUAAGUGUAACUUUGACUCUUCUCCCUCUAGUUUUAGAUGCUAAAAUGCAACAGAUCUGCUCACUAAGUUUAGUCAGUCUUCCCUCUCCAUGCAAGUGAAUCUUUUCCUAUAUGAAUACUUACAAACUUCGGGUAAUCUGGGUAUUUCCUACUUUUUCACUUAAAACAGCACUUCUGCUGUGGAAAACCUUUGCAGAUUGGAAGAAAAGCACACACAGAAACCUUCAUCCUUUUUGAGGAUGCUAAAGGGAUUGGACUUCAGGGUUUUUUUUUUAAUGACAAAUGAUAAGGAAUAAAGGGUAUCUUUCAGCUGCAGCUGGAAGGAAAUGAAAUCAUGAGGAACUUUGUUCUUCGAAUCAUUAAAAGCCUCAUCUAUUUUUGUUUUUGUUUUCUUAAAAUGUUGAAGAGUCAAUCUCGAAAACUUACAGAAGUCCUUCCAAAGCCAGUAGCAUCACUCACUGUUCUCACUGAAGCCAAAACUGAGCUGUUUAUAAAAUCCCCCCCGUGCUGAUGCAGGUUGGUGCUAAGGAGGGGAGGAGGGAAAGAAGGAAACAAACAAACAGAGAGAGUAGUUGUGUUGUCUUAAGGGGAGAUGUGUGGAAGAACCAAGCUCAGUGAGUUUUCAAAGGAAAAAAG